UUAAAAUGCAUCUCAUAACUGACAUACUCUAUGACAUGUCCUCGAAAUGGAUUUAAAGUGAAAGCUCAGCAUCAACUGACGACAACGACUUUCCCAGGAUUCCUCGCUUCGCCUUGUGUUUGUCUGCGGUUGUUUCAAACAUGGAGGAGAGGGAAAGAAAAAGUGUUAAAUCAGAUAGUAAGGAAACAACUGCAGCAGGUUGUCCAAGUACGCUAACCGUAGCGGAUCCCAAACCGAAAACAGACGGUGAAGUCGGCGACGAUGACGCAUAUAAAAUGGAUGUCUGUUCCGAUGCGUUUGACCCUCUUCUGGCCUUGUACUCACCAAAUGUACGGCUUCCUUUUCCAAAUGUCAGAUGCUUUAACAAUGUGUCGGAGUACGAGAGUUUUCUGAAGGGCGGCCGGGGCAGAGCCAAACCGGAGAAUGUGGAGAAAAGGCGGCAGAAGGCGAUGAAAGGGGUGGCGGACCCGGAGCGCAUUGAAAGGUUGAAGAAGCUCAUGGUGAAUAACUCGGUGUCGGAGUCAAAGGAGGGGGAGAGCAGCGGCACACCGCUGAGAAGGAAGCAGAAGCCCCAGAAGAAUGUCCUGACAAGGAUGCCUUUGUGUAAAGGCAGUCCAUUGGGGGAGCUGUACCGAUGCGUUCAGGAGAGGAUCAGGGUUAAGGUUCACAUCAGGACGUUCAAGGGACUGAGAGGAGUGUGCUCUGGCUUUGUCGUGGCCUUUGACAAGUUCUGGAACAUGGCAAUGGUAGACGUAGAUGAGACGUACAGAGAGCCUCUGCUGGGGGAGGCGUUCUACCAUGAGAAAGCCCUCACCAUUUCACGGCUUUUCGAGAAGCUAAAGCUCCAGGAGAGCUCAGCAGGCGACGAGCCGACAAAGAAGCGCGAGGCCCAAGAAACGGGCAACAAGAACCGACCUGCACACGGUACUAGUGAGAGAGGGCGCAGCAGGACAGAGGCCGACCUGUCAGACUCUGUUAAAACCAGACGGGAUGAUGACAGUGUCUCGCUGAAGACCCAGGAUCCAGGAGUCCGUCACAAGAAAGACUCUCAGAUGUAUGGCAAGGUCCAUACACGACACAUAAACCAGCUUUUCAUCCGGGGUGAGAACGUCAUCCUGGUUAAUCCACAGCCACUCUGAUUUUUUUUGUUGUUUUUUUUGUUUCUGUUUAACAUUUAUCCUGGAUGAAAGAAAGGAGAGCUACAGUGUUAUUUCAUGCUGAAAAUCUGUCGAGAUGGGUGUGAAAUACUGUGAUGUACCGCCACAGAGACGUGACUUGCUUGGGAUUCAGAAGAAUCAAACAAGGUGUAUUGUUAUAUCAUAUUGAUAUAGAGGCUUUUCUCUGCCCAUCAGAGAAACUAUCUUGAUUUUGAGGAAUAAAAGCUUCUCAGGUCUGAUUAUAGUA